GAAAUCAGUCAGACCAGUUCCGUAAGUAAUCGCGUGUGGUCGCGUAGUGUAGCUCUUUCUUUGACUAUAGUAACUGGCAGCAUAUAAAUGGUUUGUGUGGUAAAGUGUGUGCAAAAAUCAAGUGCGAAAUAGUCCAGCUGUGAUUAACUACUCCACUUUGGUUGAAUCAAUUACCGCCGUACCAGAAAUUGAUAAGAGUUACGAUUAUCAUUUCCUCCCGAAUAUGGAUUACUGAAUAGUUCCACAUAUGAACAAAUAACUGGAAGUUUUAUGCAGUGAAUCACGUAGGGUGGGUUGUUGUAAAAAAAUAACAGAUCCAAUCAGUUCAGAAUCAGCCGUGUUUAAAAACAGGUUGAAUCACUAGAACUCACACACACGGUGCAAGGCAUGAAUUUGGGAAGUUCCGCAGGAACAAGCAACUCCGGUCAUACCAGCAGCUAUACGGGCGCCAGUAGCAGUGGUUCGGUGGCAGGUGGUAGCAACAGCAGCAGUGAAAUGCCCGUCGAAAUACGACCGAAAGUCGUCACGGUGAAACAUCCCGAAUCCAAUAAACCGAAACCGACGACCAAGAAGGGAAAGGCCAUCCAAGCCGAUGUGGAUGUAAUCAAAGAAUUUCAACGCUGCAAGGAGGAGAACAUUCAAAGGCUCGAUUUAAGCAAGUCCUCCAUCACUGUCAUUCCGGCAUCGGUCAAAGACUGCACCAGUCUGGUGGAGUUCUAUCUCUAUGGCAACAAGAUAAGUUGCCUUCCAGCAGAAAUUGGAUGCUUAUCUAGUUUGAAAACUUUAGCUCUAAAUGAAAAUUCUCUUACUUCACUGCCCGAUACUCUACAGAAUUUGAAACAACUGAAGGUUCUGGACUUACGGCACAAUAAGCUUUCCGAUAUUCCCGAUGUAAUCUACAAGCUUCAUACGUUGACGACCCUGUAUUUGCGCUUCAACCGUAUCAAAGUGGUAGGAGAAAACUUGAGGAAUUUAAGCAACUUGACGAUGCUCAGUUUGCGGGAAAACAAAAUUCACGAGCUGCCAGCGGCCAUUGGAUAUUUGAUUAACCUGACGACUCUCGACCUUUCCCAUAAUCACCUGAAACAUCUGCCGGAAGCGAUCGGCAAUUGUGUGAACCUAACGGCGUUGGAUUUGCAGCACAAUGAUCUGCUGGACAUUCCCGAAACGAUAGGCAACCUAGCGAAUUUGAUGCGGCUAGGACUAAGAUACAACCAGCUGACAUCGAUUCCCGUUUCGCUGAAAAACUGCACCCACAUGGACGAAUUCAACGUUGAAGGCAACGGCAUUAGCCAUUUGCCCGAUGGUUUGCUUGCCAGCCUGAGCAACCUGACCUCUAUCACCCUAUCCCGGAAUGCUUUCCACAGCUAUCCGUCCGGAGGACCUGCUCAGUUCACGAACGUCACCAGUAUUAACAUGGAGCACAAUCAAAUCGACAAAAUACAGUAUGGAAUUUUUUCCCGUGCCAAAGGACUCACCAAACUCAAUAUGAAGGAGAACGCACUUACCUCGCUACCGCUCGAUAUUGGAACCUGGACACAAAUGGUCGAACUGAAUUUCGGUACCAAUUCGCUAACUAAACUCCCGGACGAUAUACACUGUCUGCAGAAUUUGGAGAUUCUCAUUCUGUCCAAUAAUUUACUGAAACGGAUCCCCAACACGAUCGGCAACCUAAAGAAGCUUAGAGUGUUGGAUCUGGAAGAGAAUCGAUUAGAAUCUUUACCCUCGGAAAUCGGUCUUCUGCAUGAUUUGCAAAAGUUGAUUCUUCAAUCGAACCAACUGGCUUCCCUCCCUCGCACUAUUGGCCACCUGACCAAUUUGAGCUAUCUUUCCGUUGGUGAAAAUAAUCUUCAGUAUUUACCGGAGGAAAUCGGUACACUGGAGAACCUCGAGUCGCUCUACAUAAAUGACAAUGCCUCGCUAAUAAAACUUCCUUAUGAGCUAGCUCUAUGCCAGAAUCUGGCAAUCAUGAGCAUUGAAAACUGUCCUCUCUCCGCUUUGCCACCGGAAGUGGUCAGUGGAGGACCGAGUUUGGUGAUACAAUACCUAAAACUUCAUUCGCCGUAUCGACAGAUGUGAUUUGUUUCGACGGCAACGGUGAAUGCCCUCCUGAUGGCGUAAGAGGAAUUGAUUUGAAUUAGAACACCCACUGGAACUUCUCUUUGUUGCAACCACACCCCCUCCCCAUCAAAGAGUUGUUCUAUUCGGGAUGUCUGUGUGUACGAGAAUACGAUUGCACGACACGAGCAAACGAGUUCUGUUUUUUUUAACGAAAAAUAUAGAAAUAUGAAAUAAAAUCAAUGUGAUUUGAAUAAAGCUUUAAUAAUAUUGCUACUAAAAAAAAGGAGGCAGAAGAAAAGAAGAAAAAAACAUGGUUUAGGACAAAACACUAAUAUUUGUAAACAAAAAAUUGACGUGUUUAAAACACAACAAGUGGAUCCGUUAUUUAAACAAAAUUGUAUAGUUGAUGUGUGUAAACAAACCCAUUUGAAAUUUGGUGUACCAAAUGAACGGAAUUGCUGGGACGGUCCGUUUGAACGCAGAAAUCCAUCAGUUUUUUUUUUACUUGAAGAUCAGAUCUAAUGCAGUACUGGAUGUGCUAUUAUAUCACGGUGUUCUGGCUGGCAUAAUUCGAUUGCAAACGUUUGGACAAUUUAAAUGCUAGGUAAAAUUCGACGAAAGCAUCAAUGCUCGUAGAUACCAGCUGUCAACGAGACAAACAACAAUAACAACAACUGAUGUUGGACCACCCAGCAAGCAAGAGCGCCAAUGUGACGUUAUUGGUGGGCAGAGAGGUAUCGAGUUUCCUGCAUCCUUUUGCAUGAAAGUGUUCACCGCCGAGGUACAACCCAGAGAGAGACAGCAUGAACAAACGUUAGCAACACCGACAACAUGACUCUUAUUUUGUUCAACAUUGAAAUGAAAACAAAAAGAAAGGUAAAACCUGUAUGUUUCGUUCACACAUUUUGCUGAAUUUUGUCAGAUGAUGGGUGUAAUGAAAUUUGAUCUCAUUUAUUUUUGGAUGGUAGACCUUCUCUGUUGACGCAUUCAUCAACAUUUAACACAACUAUGUAUUAGGAAGACAAUGAAGAGACGUCCCCGAAAGGGUCAGUUUUUUUUGCGUGCGAAACUUUACAACUGCUUUUGUUUUCUAAUCGCAAUUAAAAAGUGCGUUUUUUUACACUACCGCUAAAACGACGAAUCGAUCGAUUUUGAAGGACAAUCGUUUUUUAAAAAUAUUUUUUUUUUCAAAUUCCGUACGACGAACACUAAACUAUAUACUGUUCUACACAUGUUACUGUGGUUAAUGUUAAUCACCGUGUUAGAUUGAAUAUGAAGAAGAAAUUACAAAUAAUCACAAACAAUAUAUUUUAAGGAGAUGCUCAAACGUGUAAUUAUCGUUUCCACAACGCAAAGUUUUGAUCUAGUUUAAUAUACGAAGCGCAUUUAUUUUGUGUUUUAGUCGCUCUCUUGUCGACAGAGUGAGAAAAAUGGUCGGUGAAAAGUUAUUUAGACAUGGAACGAACUGCAACGAAUUUAUAGAUGUUAUUUAGAGCGAUGUUGCUUUUUCAAUCUAAUAGGUGAUUAUAAUUGGUAGAUCAUUAAGUUUUUUAAUGUUAGAGGGUUUUUUCUAUUCAUUUCCCGCAAUAGAACUAGAUAAUUGAUGGGUAGUAGUGAUUAGAACUGCUUACACCUGUGCAUGACACACUACACACAAACAAACACACACAUAUACUCAAUAUUAGAGCGAAAGUUUUGUUAACCUUUCUAGUCAGAUACAAUUGGAAAAUGUGCUUAAACGGUACCGAUAGUAAGAUUGAGGUAAUAUAUAAUGACUUUUGUUUUCAUUCUAAGAGCAAAUGAGCAAACUGCUCCGACAAGAAAAUGGCCUAAUAAAAUUGUAGUAAUGGGAAAACAAUGUGCGAAAAGUAUUACAAUAACAGAAAAAAGACCUUGCAUAAAAGUUCACAAAUUAUUGUACACAAACUUGGUAUAAACGGAUUAAAACUGUUAAUAAAACAGGUGUUUCAAUAAGAAAAAAAUGAAUCGUGCGUAAAAACAUUAAAAAAAUGUGUGUUUAAGGAAGCAUCGCUUCAAGAUAUACCCAAACGACGCUGCAAAUAUAGAACAGAAACCCAUGCUGUAGUAUUGAGGGAAAAAAACAAAAAGAUCCCACAAACUCUGUAGAGACAUAAACUGACCUUAAAAAAUAAUCAACUUUAAAACAAAACACUAUAUCUGGAGAAGGCAGGAACUGGUGAAAAUCAUCUUUAGUUUCAGGACGGCUGCGAAGCGGAUAGAUGAUGUAGUAGGUAGUAGUAGCUCUUGAAUCCUGAAUACAAAACUUACAACGAGAUAGGAGUCUAGUGCCAUGUUGUGCAUUCGUCCGGUUAAGAAUGGUCCGGCUUGCCUGACAACAGAGGGCCGCCACCACCCAUCGACCGGAUGGAUACCGAGUUUAGAUUUCAGUUACUUCCUAAGAAGCAUCACAUUAACCAAGGCUACAAAUAGAGGUACGUAUUUGUUCGAUUAUUUUCAUCAGAGACAUUUAUUCAAACGAGCCAAUAUAUGAGUGGAAAUAAUUUUAAGUGGGAAAAACAGAAAAAGAAACAUAAUACGCACACAAAUUAAGUAUUCAGAAGAAUGACGUUGGAAGUAAUGUUUAAUAAUCACAGAAAUGCUAUUCAACAAACGAAAAAAAAACGAGAAAAUAAAAUGUAUGUACUGUAUAGUCUAAUUAUAUGA